AUGCCACACGCAACAACAGAGCCCAAGAUCGAUAUCUUCAUUGAUCGCGGAGGAACAUUUACAGACUGUGUUGGCAUCCCUCAGAGUGGUAGCAAGGAUGACAUCGUGGUAAAGUUGCUCUCGGUCGACCCGGGCAACUAUGAAGAUGCGCCCACAGAAGGCAUCCGCCGAAUUCUCGAAAAAUUCACAGAUAGCCCGCAUCCAAGAGAUGCCAAACUUACCUCAGACCGUAUCGGCGUCAUCCGAAUGGGAACGACAGUAGCUACCAACGCGUUACUCGAGAGAAAAGGAGAGCGUUCUGCCCUGCUGAUAACUGAAGGCUUCCGCGAUGCAUUAGAGAUUGGAUAUCAGGCAAGACCUAAGCUUUUUGAUCUCGCCAUCAAUAAGCCCGAUGUGCUUUAUUCGGAGGUUGUCGAAGUCGAAGAGCGGGUAACGAUGGAAGAUUCAACUAAAGACCCCUUUCCACACAAAAUCGAAAUCGAAUCUGAUCCCGCAUUGAAAGUUGGCCAAAGCGGCGAUAUAAUCCGAAUUCUUAAGCCACUUAACGUCGAGAGUACGAGAAACUCGCUCCAAGAGCUGUUCCAAAAGGGGUACAGAAGCGUAUGCAUCUGCCUAGCACACAGCUAUAGUUUCCCCGACCAUGAAAACAUCAUUCGUGAUCUUGCGAAGGACGUAGGAUUCACCAGCAUAUCGGCCUCGUCAAAUUUGAUCCCCAUGAUCAAAUUGAUAUCCCGUGGUAUGAGCGCUACGGCCGAUGCAUAUUUAACCCCUGAAAUCAAAAGAUACAUCUCAAAUUUCAGACGGGGCUUCAAGGAUGAGCUUGAGUUUACUAGAUGUCAAUUCAUGCAGAGCGAUGGUGGCCUUGUCGACGUGGAGAGGUUUUCAGGCUUGCGCGCUAUCCUCUCCGGACCUGCUGGAGGCGUAGUUGGGUACGCGAAAACUUCAUGGCAUCCCGAAGACAACAUACCAGUCAUAGGCUUUGACAUGGGGGGUACGUCAACGGAUGUUAGUCGUUAUGCUGGUGACUAUGGCCAUGUGUUUGAAACCACCACCGCUGGCGUCACAAUUCAGUCACCUCAGCUUGAUAUCAACACGGUCGCUUCUGGCGGGGGUAGUAUACUUGAUUGGAAAAAUGGUCUGUUUACUGUAGGACCAGAGAGCGCUUCCGCUCAUCCUGGCCCGGCCUGUUACCGAAAAGGGGGUCCUUUAACAGUAACAGAUGCGAACCUGUUCCUUGGCCGGCUCCUUCCGGAAUACUUCCCUGCUAUAUUCGGACCCGACGAGAAUCUACCGCUCGAUUAUGAAGUCACGAAGAAUAAGUUCAUAGACCUCACCAACUCAAUCAACGCGGGGUCUGCUAUUCAUAAGAGCCCGGAAGAAGUCGCUCUAGGAUUCCUUGCCGUAGCUAAUGAAGCUAUGUGUCGCCCCAUCCGUGCUCUGACUGAAGGCAAGGGAUACCACACAUCAGCUCAUCGCCUUGCAGUGUUCGGAGGGGCCGGGGGUCAGCAUGCCGCAUCCGUUGCCCGAAUCUUAGGGAUACACACUGUUUUGAUUCAUAAGUAUUCUAGCAUUCUAUCGGCGUAUGGAAUGGCACUUGCGAAUUUAGUGGAAGAAGUUCAAGAGCCAUCCUCUUUAAUCCUAGGACCGCUCUCAGCCACCGAGAUUUUCGAAAGAUUCGAGUCGCUAAAGGAACGCGCUGUACAGGGUCUUUUACUACAGGGAGUUUCCUCUACGAAACAUAUCGAAACGCAACAGUUCUUGAACCUGCGCUAUGAAGGUACUGAUACACAAAUGAUGGUAUCACUACCACAUGACGGAAACUUUAAGCGAGCGUUCGAGGAACUUCAUCAACAGGAAUUUUCCUUCCUGCUACCUUCGCGUGACAUCAUCGUCGACGAUAUCCGCGUCCGUGGGAUCGCAAAAGAAUUUGAACGCCAGCCGCAUAACGUCUACAGAGAAUUGAUCGAAACAGAGACACGACCAACACCACCACACGAAAAACUCUCAAGGACUUAUUUUGCUAACGUCGGAUGGGCCGAUACCCCUAUUUAUCUACUCCAGAAUCUUCAGCCAGGGGAUCAUAUUGAAGGCCCCGGCAUCAUAAUAGAUAACACCCAAACAAUCAUUGUGACGCCGUUUUCGACUGCCAAGAUAUUAUCUGAGCACAUUAUACUCAGUGUAGGCUCGCAAAGCCAAGCAACCUCUCUGCGGUCACUGUCCUUGACGGAUGCAGAUCCAGCCCAAUUAUCUAUCUUUGGUCACCGGUUUAUGUCUAUUGCCGAGCAGAUGGGGAGGACAUUACAAAAGACCGCCGUCAGUAUUAACAUCAAAGAAAGGCUUGACUUUUCCUGUGCUAUAUUCGGACCCAGUGGCGAUCUGGUCGCCAAUGCGCCCCAUGUCCCUGUUCACCUAGGAAGUAUGGCCUACGCAGUGAAAUAUCAGCACGAGCGAUAUGGAACCACACUUCAACCGGGCGACGUCCUAGUAUCUAACCAUCCGAUUGCUGGCGGGACACAUCUGCCUGACAUUACAGUCAUAACGCCAGUAUUUGACCCAAGUGGCAAGGAGAUAAUAUUUUACACAGCCUCUAGGGGCCAUCAUCGGGAUAUUGGUGGCUUUGAGGGUAUUUCGGGCAAUGCUAAUGCUACUGAGCUAUACCAGGAGGGUGCAAGAAUUAUCUCCUUCAAGCUUGUUUCGAAUGGGAGGUUUGACGAGGAAGGCAUUACUAAGAUACUUGUUGAGGAGCCUGGGCAAUUUCCUAACUGUGUCGGCACGUCAAGUCUUUACGACAACCUCUCAGAUCUCCGAGCCCAGGUCGCAGCAAAUGCGAAGGGCUCCAAGCUUAUAGAAAAGUUAUUCCAAGAGUAUGGGCGGGAGGUCGUCCAAUUCUACAUGGAUCGUAUCCAGGCGAACGCUGAAGUUGCCGUACGGAAAUUCUUGCAGAAGACCUCGAAUAAACUUAAUGGCGGCACAUUGCAGGCUAUAGACAGUCUCGAUAAUGGAACUCGUAUUCAGCUUGAAAUACGAAUUCAGUCUGAUGGUAGCGCUGUCUUCGACUUUACUGGGACGGGUCCAGAGGUCGUUGGCAAUAACAAUGCUCCGAAGAGUAUUUGCUUGUCAGCUAUCAUAUAUGCAUUGCGCUGUCUCAUCAAUGAAGAUAUCCCGUUAAACCAAGGGUGUCUAUCAUCUAUCCGGGUUAUCAAUCCCGAAGGCAGCAUACUAAACCCUAGCGACCAAGCAGCUGUCUACGCUGGGAACACACAGACAAGCCAACGUGUUGUUGACGUUAUUCUUAGAGCAUUCGACGCUUGUGCUGCUAGCCAAGGGUGCAUGAACAGUGUCGGAUUUUUUGGCGGACGAGGGAGAAAGCCAACUGAUGGUUACAAGUUCGCCUACGGCGAAACGAUAUGCGGUGGAUCGGGGGCAGGUCCCGGGUGGAAUGGUGCAAGUGCUGUUCACUGCCAUAUGACGAACACUCGUAUCUCGGACGCGGAGAUCAUGGAAAAGCGAUAUCCAGUAAUAGUCCGGGAAUUUUCACUCCGUCAAGGCUCAGGGGGUCGGGGUCAGUACAGCGGAGGUGACGGUGUUGUUCGAGUUAUCGAAUGUCGGGAACCGUUAACAUUUUCUAUGAUAUCCGAAAGGAGAGUUAGCAGGCCAUAUGGACUCCACGGCGGAGAAGACGGAGCACCUGGGGAGAAUCUAAUCCUUAGAAAGUCUAGUGAGAAAAAGAGGUUGGUCAGUCUCGGUCCUCGCGGCAUUGUAAAGCUGCAAAGCGGCGAAAGAUUCAUUAUCAAGACUCCUGGUGGUGGUGGGUGGGGCUCCUCGAUCUGACAACUGGAAGGGCCAGUACCUACCUCCCUACAUAGAAAUGGCAACAGGCACUUCCAAUCACCUCGUAGGUACAUUGUUUUGGCAACUCAAGUUAAAAAUCAUUUGCUCAUUGAUUUGAUCGUUGUCUAAAAUAGGAGAUGUUACCCCUGAGCCCCUG